AUGCUCCAAGCGCAGAGCCAACACCUCUUCUCUCACCAGCACCAGUAUCCUCAGGCUGAUCCUUCCUGGCUGCAGCACCAGCAACAUCAGCCGCAGCCUCAACAUCACCAGGCUCAGCCCCACCCCCAGCACCCGCAGCAGCAUGCCCUUGUCGCCCAGCAGCAUGCCCAGGUCCAGGCUGCUGCUGCCGCUGCUCAGCAGCAGCAUUACGGUCGCCUGGCGAUGAGCGGCAAUGGAGCGGCAAACACCGCACAAAGCGCCGGGGCUGUCGGGAGCAUGGGCGGAGAGGGUCUGUCUAAUGUCUCGGUCAUGGAUGGCGGCAUUAGCGAGGAGAAUCGCAAGGUCUUCAUUUGGGUGGCGGAGCUCUUGGACCCUGCCCGACGGGAAGCGGCGCUCAUGGAGCUGAGCAAGAAGCGGGAGCAGGUUCCCGAGCUAGCUCUUGUGAUCUGGCACUCAUUCGGCGUCAUGACUGCUCUCCUCCAAGAGAUCAUUUCUGUCUACCCUCUCUUGAACCCUUCCCAGUUGACUGCCGCUGCGUCAAACCGAGUCUGCAAUGCGCUGGCGCUCUUACAGUGCGUCGCUUCUCAUAACGAGACACGUACUCUCUUCUUGAACGCUCAUAUUCCCCUUUUCCUUUACCCCUUCCUCAAUACUACCUCCAAGUCCCGCCCCUUCGAAUAUUUGCGUCUCACCUCGCUGGGCGUGAUUGGAGCUUUGGUCAAGAAUGACUCUUCGGAUGUGAUCAACUUCCUUCUCACCACUGAGAUUAUUCCGCUUUGCCUGCGCAUUAUGGAGACCGGCUCGGAACUCAGCAAGACCGUGGCAAUUUUCAUUGUUCAGAAGAUCCUUCUUGACGACAUUGGAUUGGCUUAUAUCUGCGCCACAUAUGAGCGAUUUUACGCAGUCGGUACAGUCCUCAGCAACAUGGUUACCCAACUAGUGGAGCAGCAGACCGUGCGACUGCUCAAGCACGUUGUGCGCUGUUUCCUUCGCCUAAGUGAUAACAGCCGAGCUCGUGAGGCCUUGCGCCAAUGCCUUCCAGAGCCUCUCCGGGACGCUACCUUCUCCUCCGUCCUCCGUGAUGAUGCGGCCACCAAACGCUGCCUGGCCCAGCUGUUGAUCAACUUGUCGGACAACGUGUCUGAUGGAGUUCCAACGGGCAUGUAA